GGACAAUGGAUAAUGCAAGAUCCAUCGAAGGAUAUCAUCACUUGCCAGAUGAAGAUGACAUAGAACAGUCAAAAGCACCUCUAUACGGUCGAGUCAACCUAACUGGAAGCAGUUUAGUUCCAGAUCAAAAUGCAUCGAAUUCAAGAUUUGAACAGCCUCAGCCAGGAAUUGGAUAAUCAGUAGACAACUCAAACUCUUAUCAGGAUUUUUAAGACCAAAUAAGAAAUUAACUAGCAAUAUAAACCUUCUGGCAACUAUA